AUGGAAAUCGACGAGCACGUGAAUCUCAAGGAUCGCUUCAAGAAUUAUCCUUUGGAACCUUUUAACAAGGAAACGAAUGUCUACCCUUAUUAUUUGACGUUUGAAAAGAAUGGCGUCAAGGUUAAUGUUCCAAUUGGACUUGAUGCAAAUGCGUAUCGCUGUGUUCGCGAGAAUUCCUCUGUUUUCAUCAAUAAACUAAAGGAACAACUAUUGUCAAAGUUUUCUUGCCCUCAAGAAGAAAUUGAAGCAAAUGAUCAUGAAGAUAACUCGACACCUCAUAAGCUUCUGACACGACCCAAUCGGUCCAAGUCGAAUAUCCUCAUUUCAGACACCUCGAAGAAGGAAGCGCUGCAGGACAGUCGCUCCAGUUCGCCUCAGCCAAAUUCCCUCUUCGAUGACAUGCGUGUCAUUCGCGCGGAAUUCAGACGGACUCGAAAGUUUUAUGGCAUCCUGUUUCUCCCGCUGCCAGGCUUGUCCUACGAGGACAUAUCUCGUGCAUUUGCUAAUUGCUACAACGUGCAACGGUCCGCCAACUUCCUGUGCCGACUUGAAAUGUGCUCUCUGACUGUGUGGAAGUACUCCCAGGAGCUGCCCCUCAUUCGUCGAUGGCUCGCGGACAUGCGAAUCCCCAAGAAGCGCGCCCUCUUAUUUCCACCCUGGAAACUCAAGCAAACCCUUUUAAUGCGAUACGAAAAACUUGCCUGCAAGUCGAUCACGUUUACCAAGGACCAACUCAAGGAGCUGAAUUCGUUCUGCUCUGAGAAUGCGAAUCCAAGCAACGAGGACUUUCGUGAAUUAAAAAAACGCCUUGGCAUCCCCGUGUGGAAACUGCGAGUUUGGUUAAAGGAGAAUCAGGUGGAUGAGCAAAACGCCCACUGA